UAUACUACAAAAAUCAUGGUUCAAUUCAACGAUGUCCCGGUAGUGGGUCAGAAUGGAUAUAUUGAAGUUGAUACUGCUUUCCAUAAUGACACUUCUCCUCUAAAAGUAGAUCUUGUCUUUGGAACUUUCAGAUCGGAAGAUGGUAGUCUAUAUUUGUUACCUGUGGUUAAGAAAGCAGAAAACAUGGUUGUAAAUGAUACUUCAAGUCACGAUUACUUAUCCCCUACAGGAAUUGAAGGUUUUACAAAAUCAGCAUGCAGGUUAUUGUUAGAUGAUAUUGAAAAACAGUGGAAAGACGGAAUGAUAUUUGGUGUUCAGUGUGUUGGUGGAGCUGGAGCCCUAAAAAUAGGUGCAGAAUUUCUAUCGCGACAUAUGAAUUGCACAACUGUUUAUUAUCCUGAUCCAUCAUAUGAAAUACAUGGAACCGUAUUCUCGUUUAGUGGAUUUCAAAACAUACUCCAAUACCGUUAUCUGAAUAGGGAAACUAAAUUAAUUGAUUUUGAAGGAUUUUGUGAGGACAUUUCUAAUGCUCCGAUCGACUCGGUCAUAAUAUUGCAUGCAUGUGGUCAUAAUCCAACUGGUUUAGACCUUACUAAAGAACAAUGGAAAAUUAUUGCUGAAAUAAUGAAAGAACGUCAAUUGAUACCAUUCUUUGACAUCGCGUAUCAAGGAAUGGCGUCUGGAGAUAUUGAAGAAGACACCUGGGCUAUUCGUCAUUUCCAUAAAGAAGGGUUUGAAUUUCUCUGCGCACAAUCAUUUUCCAAGAUGUUUACUAUGUACAACGAACGAGUUGGUAAUUUGAUGGUUGUACUAAAAUCUGGUUUUAAUAUUGAGAGUCUUAAAGUCCACUUCGAAAGAAUCGUUAGAAGUAUCUAUUCAAAUCCUCCAAACCAUGGUGCCAGGACCGUUUCCAAAAUAUUAUCCGACCCCGAACUAUACGACGAAUGGUCAAACAGUUUCAAAGCUAUGGUUAAUCGAAUUAUUGAAAUAAGAAAAACUUUUCGAAAAGCACUCGAGGAAGAAGGCGCCCCUGGAAAAUGGAACCACGUAACAGAUCAAAAGGGAAUGUUUAUAUUGUUAAGCUUAACCGACAGUCAAGUGGAAUACUUGAGGUAUUUUCAUCACAUUUAUAUGGUUAAUUGUGGCCGUAUAAAUGCUACUGGACUGAAUACGAAAAAUAUUAGUUAUGUUGCUAAAGCAAUUAAUGAUACAUUAAGGAAAAAUAUAUAAAAUUAUACUAUGCAGUAGCGUACUAUUGGAUGGGGUUUUGAAGACAACCCUCACCGAAAAUUUUUAGGAAGUAUUAAUUUCUCAUGAUAUGUAUUAUUAUUAUUAUUAUGAUAUUUUUAUUUUUAGUUAAUAAUAACGGAAAAUUAAAAUAUAUUGUACCUAUUUGAA